UUUAUUUUGUAGUUGAGCUGGUGACCCGGUGAAAUAUUUGUUGCAGUGCAAAUUCUUCGUAUUUAUUUUUGAUGAGUUAUUUAAGUUUAUUUUUGUGAUAAUCAUGAUGGAGGGUUCAUUAAGCAAAUGGACAAAUGUUAUGAAGGGGUGGCAGUAUCGGUGGUUCGUCCUCGAUGAAAAUGCUGGUCUGCUAUCCUAUUAUACAUCGAAAGAGAAAAUGACACGCGGAGUGCGACGCGGCUGCGUGCGCCUGCGUGCUGCCGUCAUUGGGAUUGAUGAUGAGGACGAUUCGACAUUCACCAUCACGGUUGAUCACAAGACCUUCCAUUUCCAGGCCCGUGAUGGCUCCGAACGCGAACGGUGGGUUCGUGCGUUGGAAGACACAAUAACCCGACACGGUCGACGCGAGCGAUGGUCGCGUUGCGUUCCUGCGCCCGCGCAUCGACAUGGCGAUUUGGAACGACGUAUAUCUGAAGCGGACGCGUACCUACAGAUUAUGAUUGAGCUUGUUAAUAAGUUAAAUUUAAAAGUAUCAGAAAUAACGGACCCUCACGAAAAGAGCAGAGGUCAAGUUAUAUUGGACCACUCUAACGCUAUGUUGGACAAUAUCAAACAUUCCAUAGUACUAUUACAAAUUGCUAAGAACACAGUCAAUCCGGUAAAUGGCGUGUAUCAGGGGCCAACGAACCUUUCACAGACGCAUAUCAAAGAAGAUUUGUCACCACGCGUGGAAUUGGGAUCAGAAUGUCGUGAACUAGCUUCACCAACACUGCCACUCACGCCUUUGGAUGCUAUGGAUUCGCCUCGGCAAGCAAUGUCCCUCCUAGUGCCAGACACGUCCUAUUCAUCUUCUGAAGGCGAAGACGACUUCUACGAUGCCGACGAAGAACCGUUACCAGCCGUAACUCCUGGUCCCAGUGCAAGUCGUACAUGCGCGGCGGAGGGUGCUUCCGAGUCAGAGGCGUCGCACUCUGUCGACCUUCCUAGAACCAGAGACGGCGAGAUUGACUAUGAUGCUCUUUACGAAGAUGACUCGGAUAGCGAUCUGGGCUCCAUGGAGAAUCAUGGCUCAGUGGUCACGCAUCUCCUCUCACAAGUCAAAAUUGGCAUGGAUCUCACAAAGGUUGUUCUACCCACAUUUAUUCUGGAGAGGCGAUCACUACUUGAAAUGUACGCGGACUCGUUCGCACAUCCAGACCAAUUCGUUAAGAUAGUGGAUAUGCCGACACCAAGGGAACGCAUGGUACAAGUGGUACGGUGGUACCUAAGCUCGUACCAUGCGGGGCGAAAAUCACAAGUCGCCAAGAAACCAUACAAUCCCAUACUUGGGGAGGUGUUCAGGUGUCAUUGGGAUCUGGAUGGAGUUGAGCCACCUAAUAAUGGAGACAAGGUAGAAGUUGGCGACGGUCCUGUUCCCUGGUGUUCGCCGGAACAAUUAUCCUUCGUAGCUGAACAAGUCUCCCAUCAUCCCCCUAUCUCAGCCUUUUACGCUGAACACGUGAACAAACGCAUCCAAUUCGAGGCCUGGGUUUGGACGAAGAGCAAGUUUCUGGGUCUCUCUAUCGGUGUUCAUAAUAUCGGCAAGGGAUUGGUUACACUGCUGGAUUUGGGAGAGGAGUAUACCCUAACGUUCCCCAAUGGUUAUGGCAGGUCAAUAUUAACAAUCCCCUGGAUAGAACUAGGUGGUUCCGUAGUAAUAGAAUGCGUGCAAACUGGUCAUAAGGCGAACGUGGAGUUUCUUACAAAACCCUUCUAUGGAGGCAAGAAACAUAGAGUCACGUGUGAAGUGUUCGCUGGUACUGAGAAGAAACCGUUUUAUACUGCACAAGGUGAAUGGAAUUCAAGGAUGGAUGGACGGUGGACGGAUUCUGGGCGUAACGAAGUAGUGUUCGACGUAUCGACGAUGAAGACGUGUCGCAAGCGAGUCGCGCCGAUCAGUCGCCAGUUGCCGCACGAGUCGCGUCGCGUUUGGAGGUACGUCACGGCUGCCUUGAGGGCCGCAGAUACGGACGCCGCGACUGCAGCUAAAAGACUGUUGGAGCAGACGCAGAGGGAUGCCGCUAAGAAGCGCUCUGAUAGUGACGAGGCCUGGGUCACGCAGUUGUUCAGCCCAAAACCGGACGAAGGCUGGGAAUAUAAUAUGCCGUUAAAAAAACGUAUUGAAAGGAAAUCAUCUCCACAACACAGUCCCACGCAGCGAGACAACGCCGAUACAAGAUAAUAUGGACUCUAAAACUAUAGAAUAAGGUAGAUAUUCCUACUGUCGAAUUGAAUAGAAUAGUCACGCUAAUAACUUCAUUGAUAGGUCAAUGACCCCUAAUAUUUUUAAAUUAUUUUAGAAGGGUUAAAUGCGAAACGAAAUAUUAUAAAUGGCGAGAUUAAAUUUAAAUUAUUAAAAGCCAUAAUUUGUUUGGAGAUUAUAUAUAUUAUUUGUUAUAGAUUUUUCUAUAGAUUUUUUUUAUAUAAUAAGUGAUUUGGUAUUUUGUAUAGGUACGGUUUUGAUAUGGAAAUGACAGUUGGAAAAAGAGACGUAGUUUAGAAGAUUAUGUCGAAACGAAUGGUUGAUUUUUUAUAGAAAAAAUAUGAGCUAAAAUAUAUUUAUUUAGCUGUUUUCUUUGCACUUUUCUGUUUAUUUAUAGGCCCAAUUUCAAUAUUAUAUCCGUUGUAAUUAAAACGAAUCGUAUUGUAAAAUAGAAUGUUGCCGUUUAAGUAUCGAACAUUUUGUAUGUGAGUCCGGUUUCAAUAUGAAAAUAACAGUUGUAAAACGAGUCGUAAACCAAUUGUGGAAAAAAAAUAUUUAGUUUAAAAAAUGUAGCCGUUAAUUCAAAAAAUUUUAGUGCAUGGUCACUCUUUUGAUUACGUCAUAUUAUUAAAAGUUGUCCUAUUAAAUAUAGAUAAGUCAAUCUAUCAAGUAUAGAGAAUGUUAAUUUAACUUGGCAUAUUUACCCUAUCAAUGAAGUUUGCGAUAGUUAAUUUUUGACGCACGUUAGUCGCUUAGGUAAGUUAGAAAACGCGGUUUCUCUUAUGACAUUAAUGAUGUCAUUAAUGUCAAAUGAUUUGGAGGAUUAUUUCAGAAAUAUAUAUCAUAUACUUUACGAGAAAUGUCGAAUGUAAAAUUUAUCUCUUGAUAAUAGGGAAAAUGUGAGAAUCGACAGUUUAAAUAUCAAAGUAUUUUUUAAUCGAAUUUAAUUUAAUCUUGUGUUAAAGUGUGUAUGUACACAAAAAUGUAAUGUUCUCUUUCGCGUUAUCGUUAAUCCAUUGUGAUCUAUGUAUUUAAAACGUUAAUAAUUAUGUUAAUUACAAUAUGGAAUUUGACAAUUAUAAAAAUUUAUUGCAUGAAAUUCGAUUAGUAAAACGCACACUUUGAUCCAGCAAUGACUCCUUCAUCCUGAGGCGAAAGCCUCAAUUUCUUUCUCGUCCUUUUCUUACGACGCAAAUUAAAAAUGUUUACCUUCUCGAUAUGAUGAUGUAUGUACAGCAAGUGUGAUUUUCGUUGUAAAUCAAUCCAUAUUAAUAAAAUUCUAUUAAUCUUAAAAUGGCCUAUCUGUAAAUAGAUCCGCUAUGCAAUCGUAAACAUCGAAUCAUAAUUACACUAAAUUCGUUUAUUUAAAGUUUAAUUCGUUGAGAGAAUCAAUCAAUAUUUACAUGAUUGAGGACAAAGUACUGAAGCGUGCCUGGAAUUGAAAUUCUCGUCCAAUUUGAACUUGCUUGAAGGCAAACAUGAGAAAACCGAUGCCGGAUUCCUCAUGCGUCUCAAACUUAAGUAUCGAUGUGUAGUUCAGACAAGGCUGAUCACCUAAUCAUAAAAUAAAAGUCGGUAAAGCAAUCUGAAUCCAAAACCCAUUUAUGGGUUGUAACGCCACUGGCUUUUUAGGAGAAUUUUGUUUUUUAACAAACAUUUUAACUAUCAUGUGACACGAUACGAACUUCACGUCGGUGAUUUCUCUUUGAAUGUUUCAAGGGUCUGUGGCUAGAGGCUCAAGUUGUUUUUACUGUCAACUGUCACCUUGAUACCGAAUAAUAGAGAUUAGAACGAAUGUCAGUACUAUAUAGUACUUCAGUCCUUGUCAAGAUUUUUUAUUCCAUAUUCAAAUUCGUAACUCAAACCACAAAGCGUCUAAAACGCUGUCAAAUAUAUCAAACGAACCACAGAUAAAAAAAUGUUGGACAGCUCUUUUGUAGCUGAAGUUAAGUUUGACGUUCUAGAAUAUAGAUUUGGAGUUAGUGUUUAGUUGUUAUGAUAACUUUCUCUUUACAUUGACUUGUAAAUUGGUCGUAGUCACCACGGAAGAUUUUGAGCGAGGGAUUUGUUUCUACCGGUUUUUUGUGCCUUCUUUCUUGCGUUUUGGGGACAAUGAGUCUAUCACUGAUCAGUCCAUCUGGUUGGUUAACGGCUGUUAAUGGUUGUUCAAGAACAAUAUCAGUAUCGCUAAGUUCUCAUCGCUUCAGCUUAGAUAUAAUCACCCAUGUAAAUAUUGAUAACACACGGCUUCUGACUUAAAUAAAUAACUUUUAGUUUACGAUGUGUAUUCUGGAAAGUUCCAAUUUCAUCAAAUACAAUAUAUAUGAAAUGACUUUUAUAUUUUAGAAUUUUAAUAUUGCUUUAUAGCAAGAUUGAUAAAAAUGUCUUCUCAUAUUAAAUACGAUGUAAUAAGAUUUUACAUUAAUGUAUCAAACUUGCCAUAAAGCCUGUAUUAAUAUUGUAAACCAAUUAAUUAAUUUUAUAAAAAGCAAAUUGUGUUGUAUUGUAUUAUUAUUUUACGAUUUUAUUUUUUGCGCUUUACGCAUCACAUUUUCACUAUAAAUUUAUAAACUUAAAAUAUUUUCUUAACACAGAAAUCUAUGGAAAAUAUGCACGUACAGUUUUUACUAUUCCGUCUUUCUCGUUCUAAUUUCACACGAAAACGAUACGAUUUUUUACUAGAGUCCAGACAUUUGGAACCUUAAUAGCUCUGGUACCAAACCAAAUUGAAUUAAAUCGGACGCACUAUCGUAUCGCAGUCGUCUGGAUAUUUUGAUUCGCAAAGUGACGUACCCUCUAGUGAAAAAGACUGAAAAAUACGAACUCUAGUGCUGCGGACACAUUCGGAACAUUCACAUGGACCUGUAUAGCUAUAGCUACCAUGUUGUACAUUUAAAUAAAAUACAAUUAAAUUAUU